AUGGACAAGCCGCCAAGCGAUCGCGACCUUGAUUUGACGGAAAAGACGACGACGCCCUCUGCCGCAAUCACCGCCGACGCAAAGAGCUAUGCAUUCAGUUUAGGCGAUCGGGUAAAGUCUUUUGGAAGCGAACCAUUGCAUUCCAUAGCAUAUUUGAAGUAUCUGGCUAGAUAUCUUACAUCUCCAUUCUCCAAACAACAACAUCAUCAUCGGCAGCAUGUGCUACAAAAACAAAACAUCCCACAUAAUCCCUUUGUCAUAGUCUAUGAGCUAAAGCCUGGAGAGCGCCCGGUUGCUAGGCCAUAUUCGGAUCCGGAAUCAUUUGCAGAUUUCUCACAAUCUGGAAACAACAUCAUAUUCCUCACUGGGCGCCCUUCCGCUGAGUGGCUCAACAUCAUUGGCUCCAAGUAUCAGUUGGAUCCCAGGAUCUUCCAUCAACAUCUCGGCGCUCUAUUUCCUGGCCAAAAGCAUUGCUACGCCGUCCCCAGUUUGCCGUCGCGCUCUCUGCAGAGUCUUCGUCUGAGAAUUCCUACCAUCUUGUUCAUUGGUUCCCAGGGUAGAAAUCUUGGAAUCAAGGGCUUGGAGUUGGCACGGGAUAAAUGCAAUGGAGAAUUACGGAGAGCAUUCCGCUCUUUUCAAGACAGUGCCAUAUCUGAGGCUGGCACAUCAAUCAUUCGAAAUAUUGAUAUCUAUGAUGGGAGUAACCUUGUGAUUGAACAAGAAAUAACGGCCUAUGUGAUCCGUAGAGGGAAUGACUGGAGUGUAUUGAUAUGGAACGAUGCUGGGCACGAGAAAGGUUUCGGUCAUAUCCCAGUGCCGCCUACAGAGCAUUUUACUCCAGUUGCAACAGAUCUACAAUUUUGUCCCGUCUUCUUUGAAAACAAUUUGACAGAGACACGAAGUUCUGACGAGAGUCAACUGAAAGCAUCGUCACAUACACAGCAGUCCAGCAUACUGUUGAACCGGCAUUAUGGCGCAACCAUCGAUUGGACGCAGAGUGCUAGCAUCUCACCUCUGUAUAUCUUGCAAGAAUUGCUCGAUUUCAAUGCAGCUGCUAUUUCGCAAUAUAUCAACAUGGUGGAAGAGGUUCUAACCGAUAUUGGUAGCCCAUUCGAGUUUCCCUCCUACGAGCAUACUAAACUCGAAGCCAUCUUACAUUACGACUAUAUAAAGGCCAGACUAACCCGCCUGAUCCGUAGCUUGGCCGAAGUCCGGGCAUUUUUGCUACAGCCACCUGGAAACUGGAGCCAGCCAAGCACAGUUUCUCCGAAGAAGCCUGAUGAACACGCACCAAGGCUGCUGACCAAAUCUGAAGAGGACUUUCAGUAUCUCUUUGAGCGGGCUCAGUCGCUGAUAGCCAUUUGUGAGGACGGAAAAUCGACGCUGAUAAGCAAUGCGUCGGUCCAAGAUGCCCUUCGGUCCGCCGCAGAGACGAAGCUGGUCACGAGAUUGACAAAAGCGACAAACAGAGUAACCUUUAUAUUCUUACCAAUAUCCUUCAUCACGGCGGUGUUUGGUAUGAACUUUCAAGAGUUUGGGCAGGGUGACUUGCCUUUGUGGAUCUGGGCGGCGGUAACGGUUCCAUUGCUUCUCAUCUCCGUCUUAUUUGUUGAGAAGGGUGAUGACAUACGGAGUUGGUCGAGAUCAUUAUCAAGAAAAGUCGGCUAG